AAUGAAUCCUUCUUGACAAGGUGCCCCUCUAUCCCCCCCUCCUUCUUUCUUUGCCUAGCGGAAUAUCUACAUCCAGCGUCGAUCCCGAGAGGCUCGGAUUGUUUCGUGAGCUUUACAUGGUAAUAGGUAGGUGGUGCCAAUGCUGUUAUAGGGACCCUGUGGACACGGUGGAGAUGGUAGAAGGCCACCAAAGCCACCGAAUUACGUGAUAAGAGGAUAAUAUGAUAGAUACGUGAGUAGGUAGGGCCAUCAUCCCUCUUGUUCCGUUGGUUGCUCUUAUCACCUACCUCCGGUCUCUUCCCAAGAUCACCGAAUGCCAAACAGCAUAAUUCGUGUUUCCAUCUAACUCAGAACACCAUGGGCUACGACUCCUUGGUGUUUUAUGAUCCCCGCCCAUGGUUGUCUCUCGCCGUCUCCUGCCUCCUGGGGCUGUCCAUCCUUCGAGCAGUGGGCCUGGUCGUUUACAGAUUACGUUUUAGCCCUGUAGCCAAGUUCCCAGGUCCCAGGCUUGCGGCUGCGACGCAUUGGUACGAGGCAUACUUCGACCUCGUUAGUCGGGGCGGCGGGCAGUGGACGUUCCAGAUCAAGCGGCUACACGAAGAGUACGGGCCCGUCGUACGUAUCAAUCCCGACGAGCUGCACAUCGACGACCCAGAAUAUUACGAUGUCAUAUACGGCAAUAGCUCUCCUAACCGACCGAUUGAUAAGAUCGAGAAGUUCCGCUAUCGUUUCGGCGUCCCAGAAGCGACCGUACAGUCGGCAAAGGCCGAAGUCCAUCGGAGGCGGCGAGCGGCCAUAGCGCCGUGUUUUUCCCGAGGUCGUAUUCGAAACCGGAAUGACGAUCUUCAGAGGAUUCUUGAUCGUAUCUCGCACCGUCUUGAAACCGAAUUUUCGGGAACUGACAAGGUACUCAACGUGAACGACAUGUGGGCGGCCAUGGCAUCCGACAUCAUCACCGAGAUCGCUUUUGCGCGUCCAACCGACUAUUCAGGCGCGCCAGAUUUCCAAUCCCCCUUCGCGCAGGCAACGGCAAAGAUGGUGCGCUUCGGGCACCUUAACACGCAUUUCGGUGUUCUCGCCUCAGCUAUGAAUUGGCUCCCAGAUGCCGUGCUAGGCAUGUUGGUCCCUCCCAUCCGGCCCAUCCUAGCGUUUCGAAAGGAAAUGGGUGAUCAAAUCCAAGAAAUACUAAGCGGCAAAAAUAUGGACGUCAAAGAAACUUCACAUUUAACCAUCUUUCACGAUGCCCUCUCUGCCGAUCUCCCUGCCGAGGAUCUGACUUACACCAGACUACAGCAGGAAGCUAUGGGUGUAAACGGCGGCGCAGUUGAAACCACCUCCUGGGCGUUGACAGUAACGUUGUUUCACGUAUUGCACAGCCCAUCGAUUAAAUCACAACUGCGGGCAGAGCUGGAAACUUUUAUGCCUGAUCCAACCCAGAUCCUCACCUGGGACGAGCUGGAGGAGCUACCUUACCUGUCUGCUGUUAUCAUGGAAGGCCUACGCCUCAGUUUCGGCUCUGUCCAGCGAUUACCGCGCGUUAAUCGACUGGGGGCCCUAGAGUACGAGCAGUGGAAGAUACCGCCGAAUACCCCGGUAAGUAUGGACGCAUACCAUAUCCAUACCAACGAGGCGAUAUUUCCUAACCCAUCGGCCUUCCGGCCCGAGAGAUGGCUCGGUGACCCGACCGGCCCCGGUGGCGCGCACCCGCUAUCGCAUUAUAUGGUGUCGUUCGGUCGAGGAGCGCGAAACUGCCUCGGCGUCAACCUGGCGUGGAUGGAGUUAUACGUGGCGCUGGCGACGAUACUUCGCAGACACGAUCUGGAGCUGUUUGAGACGGGUCGAGAUGACGUGGAUUUCGCCGUCGAUCUAGUGAGGCCGAUGCCCAAGUGGAACAGCAAAGGUGUCAGAGUGGUCGUGAAGUAGUAAGUCUAAUGCCAGGUGUUAAUAUAUGGGCUACACCCCGUCGUUCCGGAUAUUCAGUCUAGGAAAGGUCAAUUCUAAGAGCUAGCCCCUUUUCAUUACUGAAAUGGGAUCUACUGAGUGCGGGUUUUGAGCGCAGACGGGCACAGACGUGAUACUGAGGGAAGACCUCUUCCCGUCACUCUAACGGCUAGUAAUAUUGUCCGCGACGCGCCGAGUCGGCCUAGGACAAGAUGUCUCAUUUGUAGGUAUGGCGAAGUAUAAGAUAACGGAACACGAGUCUCGUAGCAUCGAUUGCCCUACCGCCCUGAUACUCUUCUCAGACAAGGCUCAGUCGCUCUCCAUGCUCGGCGGCCAUCCUAAUAAACAAGCAAAUUUAAUAUGAGCCCUCGCCCCCGCCACACAUAUUAAAUAGCACUAUUAUAAUAUGACUUCGGAGC